CGCUCUACUCUUUCCGCCAUUUUCGCACUUCUUGGAGUGUCAUCGAAAAUAAUUCUGCUUCGUAUAUUCCAUAUAAAACAGCCUUUAAAUUGUAAAACAUUGCAGUGUUCAUAAAUCUAUCCGCGCUUUUAUUAUGAAGUAUUGUCUGAUAAUAAUAAGGAAACGAAUAAUCAUCGCAUAACCUAAAUAAUGGACGACGAUAUUUUCCCGGUAUUAUGCCCUUCUAACGCUAAGAAAACAUAUUCCAAGCCAUUCAAGAAGUUAUUGAAAACUCCAUCAGUGACUGAGGAUGUAGCUGAACCUCCUAAGCCGCCUCCAAAACCGUGCUAUCCUGGUGAACCGUUGACAACUAAGGUUGCCGUGGAAUAUUUGUUGAGUGGUAAAUUAAAGACAGAAGUAUGUCGUUACUGCCUCAAAAUAUCGCCUGCGUUGUCUGACCCGGAUCAGAUAAUGCAUAUAGCUGGCACAGGAGCGCUGUACAAAGUGUCUCUGAGACAAAUGAUAGCCAGUUUCUACCCCUAUAAGGCCAAUGAAGAUGAAAAAUAUCCAGAAAAAAUAUGCCAGAAAUGUGUAGACCGAGCUCUCAAUGCAUAUCUCUUUACGCAGCAGUGUGAGCAAGCUGAAAGAGCUUUGAAAAAUUGUUUUGAUGAUAUUGAUGAGAAACUGAGUAAGUUAGAUCCCAUAGAUAGACCGAAAAAGAGAGGCAGACAAAAACUAAAUCCGAAUUACAAUGUUUUAUAUGUUGAAAAUGCAAAAGUAAUGGAUUAUGCAGAACCAGCACACCAUAUCAUUAACAUAGAAACUGAAUCUUUGAGUAAAGAACCGGAUUGGAAUGAGUUUGAAUGCAAACGGUGCUGGCAAGUCCUUCCGGACAUGGAAUCAUUGUUGAACCAUGAUAAAACUCAUCCUAAAUCCAUGUGGUAUCAUUGUCGGCUCUGCGGCAAGUCUUUUGUUAAACAAACCCAGUUGAAAAAGCAUUUUAAUUUAAUACAUGUAAAAGGACAGGACGACAGUCCACAGGUAGACAAGAGUUUCCGAUGCCAAGAAUGUGGUAAUGUCACAGAUGAUUACGCACAACAUCUGCAACACGUAGAAAAGCAUAAAUUCAAAACCGUAAUGCGGUAUAUGGUUGAACGGAAAACGGACCAACUAUGCUUGGUUUGUCUCAAGAAAAGUACUGAUUUGGUUAAUUUGGAUAAUGAAGUAUCCAUUCACGGGGCAUGUCCAGAGUUGAUUGGUGAUAAGUCACUGUAUACUGUGUUAUCGUCAACUUUACCUGAUAUGAACUACCUACACAACUUCAUUGGGACAAAAAUAUGCGAAAAGUGCCUUAAUCACGCUAUCACUUCAUAUGUUUUUAUAAAACAAUUUCUUUUUACUAGGGAACGGUUAGAUCUAUGUGUUACUCUUAUGUUGAGGGACCUUAGUAAAAUAGAGCCUUCAGCCAACAUCUUCGUACAAGUCUCACCCCCGCCUAUAAUGGCUCCUAUAGAAGAUUUUAACGAAUUAAUAGAAGAAAGCGAAUUUGUUGACGAAAGUAAACUCAAAAUAGACGUCUUAGAAGACGAAUUCAGACUGAAAACUGAAAGUGAAAGUGAGACUGAACCUGAAAUAAUACCUGAAACAAGCGAGCAAUCAAAAGAUACCGCGAAUGAUAUCGCAGUGAAUAUUCCAAUAGUACCAAUUGACAAUUUAGCUAGGACCGCAACUAAAACUUACAUGAAGAAGAAAUUAGUUAAUGGUAUACAGAAUCAAAGCACUAAAUACUCCGUGGACGUGUGUAGUGAAUUUCUAACGUUUAACAAAAGGAAAAAAGUCAAAAAGGUCCCUGUUAAAUACACCUGUCCUUUGUGUAACAAACACUUCAUAUCGGAUUAUUUCUUAAAGAGACACGUUGUCAAACAUGUGAAUAAGAAGGUAGAGUGCAAGAUUUGUGGUAAAGUAUACAGGUCUAAGUUCCUGUUGUUUGAACAUAGGAAGGUAACGCAUAUGGCGCCAGAGAGCUUCUUUAUGACAUGUAAAGUUUGCGGUAGAAAUUACACUGAUAUCGAUAAGUUGCAAGAUCAUGAACAAACACAUAGGAUAAAGCCGUGCGAGCUCUGCAACAAAGUGUUCACAACACAAGCACAUUACGAAAGCCACAUUCAAAGACACUCUGGCAAACUGAAACUUCUCACUAGAAAUCGCACCCAAACGUGCAGCUUCUGUGAAAAAGAAUGUCCAAACGAUAAUCAACUUUCGCUCCAUGUGAAUAAAAUACAUUUGCAAAUUAAACCUUAUAGUUGUGACAUGUGUGAUCGGCAGUUUUACACGGAGAAUAAUUUGAAGUGUCAUAAAAAAGUGCACAGUAUGCCGUCGAAGGAGAUUUGCGAAUUUUGUAACAAAACUCUUAAGAGUAGGAAGCAAUUGGUGAUCCAUGUUAGGAAACAUAUAGGAGUGAAGCCUUUUGGCUGCCAAAUAUGUGGGCAGUACUUCUACUCGGCCUUCAAAGUCAGAAAACACAUGAGAUUAAGCCACGGCGGUAGAUUCUGCUGUAGAAUUUGUAAAUCUAUUUUUCCUACCAAGUAUGAACUUAAAGCACAUGUAAAUAGAGAUCAUAAUAUAAUAUAGCGGGCUAUGAAGCCGUAUGGCUUGCAAUUUUAGUAGCAUAAUUAUUUUUAUGUAGUGACAAUGAUUUCCAUAUUCUGUAUUUUGCUGAAAAGAGACAAUUAGGUUAUUUUUCAUUUGUGUUUCGACAGUAGUUGAGUACAUGAAAUGAUUGAUAAUAUAAUUAAAUGACACAUUUGCGAGUCAGAUCACGAAAUCAAUCAAAUUGAAGUCAAGAUCACAUGAUUCCCUUUUCUUAGGCAUUACAAAUAACAUUUUGCAGCUCUGUCUUGAUGACUUAUAGAGAAAAUAAGGCAAUAAAAUCUGUGGUUAAUUUUUCAUUUCUCGGUCUGACUAUAAUAGAGCAUAAUAAGUUGCCUGACUUGUACAUAAAUAUAUGAAAUACAUAAUUCGCGUAGCAUAUAUUCAAAGGUACUAAUCGCAGCCGACUAGCAGUAGAUUGUUUACCAUUAUAAAUUAAGUUUUAGUACGUUUCCAAAACAUUAAUUAAUAUAUCUUUUGAAUUUUAAUAUAAUCUAAAUCAUUUGAUAUUACGACCCUUUUCAACAAUGAAAUCUUCUAAGAUAUAUUUGCGCAAAGAUGCGCUAAAGUUUCGUGUUUUGCGCAAAUGUCGAUACAUACAAAAAUAGUCUUUAUUACUAUGAAUUUUAGAAUUGAUGUUCUUAAUAUCAAAUGCAUUAGGUAAUGUUUAUUAUUAUGUUAGCAAUAGGUGUCUAUAUGAUACAGCAGCUACAAUAUUGUAAUAGAUGUAAGAUAUUAUAUAAAUAAAUAUAUGAUUAUAUUUACAUGGAUCUACGUUUUAUUAUUGCGCUUUCCCCAGUCUGGGCGAAGACCUAUAUAUCUGGGAUUCAUAACCCGGGUGACUUAUACUACCCCUGCUCUAGUUACACUUCCGCCCAAGUAUCUUAGGAUGUUUUUCUAGAUUUUGCAUGAGAUUGAAAAAUCAAUUAAAA